AUGGUGCACAUACUUGUCAGAAAGGUCGAGGCCACCAACAUGUUCUUCUCCUCCUGGGUCUUAGUCUUCUUGGCAGUAGGAAUCAUCAUAGAAGAAUGGGCUGAACUGAAGUUGGGACCCCAAAAACCUAUAAUAACCCACAGUCCAUGGAUAUGUUGUACUUCCCUGUGGCCAUCAGAUGGCCUGGAAGUGGUCAGGAACAUUCUGAUUGUGGUGUUCAGCCUUUCCUUCAUGCAUAACUUGCUCCUGGGUUUUGAAUUCACCUAUAUGAUUCCUCAAACCAAAUAUACUCUCAUUAUGACUGCCUGCCUCGCUUUCCUCACAGGCAUCCUUCUGCUCGGUGCACUCCUACUGUAUCACCACAUGCUAAAUAAGGGUGAAUCCGUGUACUACUCGACUUAUAAGAUCAGCUGGAUCAUUUUCACUGCAUACUUAAACGUUUUAUUGUUAUUCGCCUCUGGAUUCCUCUCUCUCUUACAGUACAAGCAGUCCAUUGAUGGUUCUGGCAGCCUGAUCCACAAGUCUGCCAGAAAAAGUCAAGUUAUGGAGCAACAUGGGGUUUCUAUCAAAGUCGUCUCAUUACGAGCAGAUACUACAGUGCCUCGUAGUAUUGUCCGGGUACACUCUGCCCACAUGAAAGAAGAUUCUCCAGAAAAACUGAACAUCCAAGCACGUCGUGUAACCUGGGCUCUAUGA